AUGAAGGGCGUCUUUGUCGCUGCUCUGGGGCUGCUAGUCCCAACCAACGCUCUGCUCCGCUUUGGCUGCGCAAAGUCGUCUAUCCAACGUCUGGACCCAUUGGUGAAUCCUGGACAAAGUCCUUCACCACACCUCCAUCAGAUCAUUGGUGGCAACUCGUUCAACAUUUCGAUGGACCCAGCGACUCAUGAUCUGGUCAAGCAAUCUACGUGCACGAGUUGCCAGUUCACCGAAGACUUGGUAGAUACUGAUCAUUCAUUUCAUAGCUCUAACUAUUGGACCGCCGUGCUCUAUUUCAAGGCCAAAAAUGGCACCUUCAAGCGUGUCCCUCAACGCGCUCAGCAGGGUAUCGAAAGCACUCAAGGUGGCAUGAUGGUCUACUACAUGUCUGAUGCACUCUUCGACCAAGCGCAAAAGUCCAAGGUCACUGCUUUCAAGCCCGGCUUCCGCAUGCUCGUCGGAAAUGUCAACUAUAACAACCGUGAGGAGGCACGCAACUUCCGCCAGCUCACCUACAUCUGCAUGCAGAAUGAAGGUACCCGUGAGCCGGAGACGAUUAACUUCCCCGACAAGCCAUGCCCUGCAGGUAUCAUGGCCAAUCAUCGAUUCCCGACAUGCUGGGACGGUGUCAACGUUGACUCGCCCAAUCACCAAGACCACGUCGCGUACCCAGAGUCGGGAACAUUUGAAUCAGGUGGACCCUGUCCCAAGACGCACCCAGUCCGCCUUCCUCAGAUCCUGCUUGAGACGGUCUGGGACACCAAGGCGUUUAAUAAUAAGGCAGACUGGCCGUCAGACGGAAGCCAGCCAUUCGUAUGGAGCAGCGGUGACAGCACUGGCUACUCUUCACAUGCCGACUACCUCUUCGGGUGGAAGGACGACAGCUUGCAGAAGCACCUUGACGGCCACACGUAUGUUUCCGCGCCGACGCUGAAGACGCAGAGCAUUGCGCAGCAGAAUAAGUGCACUGUUAAGGAUAUGGUGGGCGAGGACUACGAUAGCUGGUUGAAGGCUUUGCCUGGCAAUGUUAUGGUCAGAUAGGCGGAGAGCCUAAGUCUAUUGGGAUACCAUUUCGGCGCUCUGGUAUCAUGUUGGUCGAUUUUACCUGAACCAGUAUCAUCCAAUCAGAUAGCUCGCGCUGCUCUGUGUUUUGCCGUCAUCUUCCGUCAUGCUUAAGCCAUAGUGUGACGUCUUGUAGCUGUGGGAUCCAGA